UGUCAGAGCCGCGUCGACGUAUAAUUUAAAUUAAAUUUACAAAAUGGUGGGAAAAGUGUGGUUUUCUUUUUUUAUUGUGACAAUUCUGGCAGCCGUGUUAGAUGGCCAGACCUUGGGAGGACCUAUGCAUGGCAAAGUAGUGGUGUGUUACGUAGCCAGUUGGGCUGCAUACAGAACUGGUGCAGGCAAGUUUGAGCAGAGCGACCUCGAGCCGUCUCUCUGCACUCACCUUGUAUAUUCAUUCGCUGGUCUGGAUGAACAUGGCAACAGUAUUAAGAGCUUGGACCCUUGGCAAGAUCUUGAAAAGGACUACGGCAAAGCGGGUUACAAACGAAUGGUGGCUUUGAAAGAGAGGUAUCCGCAUCUGAAAGUGACGUUAGCUAUUGGAGGAUGGAACGAAGGUUCUCUUAAGUAUUCAGUAAUGGCGGCUAAUACAGAAGCGAGAGCGAAAUUUGUGCAGAGCGUCUUGCUUUUCUUGGAUACAUACAAAUUUGAUGGUCUAGACUUGGACUGGGAGUACCCGACGAGGCGUGAUGGUAGACCUGAAGACAAGGCAAACUAUGUGUUAUUGGUCAAGGAACUAAAAGAAGCCUUCGAGUCUAAAGGUUACAUACUGACGGCUGCGCUCGGAGCAGGCAAAGAGACCAUGGAAUCAGCAUAUGACCUCGCCAAGUUGAGUCGGUAUCUGGACUUCUUGCAUAUGAUGUGUUAUGAUUACCACGGCACCUGGGAUGGUGUUGUUGGGGCCAAUGCUCCGCUACGAGGGACUAACGAGCAGGACGUGUUAAGCUUGGAAUUCACCAUCAAAUACAUGUUAGCUCAUGGCGUAAGUCCUUACAAGAUGGUACUAGGUCUUCCCAUGUACGGUCGUAACUUCAUUCUUGAAAAUCCUGGGGUUAAGAAAAUUCUCUUCGGAGUCACAGCUGUCAAGAGUAUGGGAUUCCCCGGACCAUUUACUAAGGAAGCCGGGUUUAUGGGUUAUAAUGAGAUUUGUACCGAAGUAACAAAUAAGUCAGCGGCAUGGACCCAACACUGGCACGAACAAACCGCAACUCCGUACUUGCGGGACGGUGCACGAGUUAUAUCAUACGAUAAUGCAAGAUCCAUUGCUAUUAAAGUCAAAUUGGCCAUAGACUACGGUCUCGGUGGUCUCAUGGUGUGGAGUAUUGACACAGACGACUUCCGUGGCGCUUGCGAGAGCGAGAAGGAUGCAUACAUCGACUUUGUGGAUAGAUAUAAUAAGAUUGUAGACGAGCCAAUACUGCAAGAAGCUUUGAAGACACUAAACCUACCUGAUGCGAAUCGAAUAGAGAACUUAAGCAGACGAACAGCCUAUGUCGUUUCAAAUGGACGCUUACACCUUCGACUUCCAGAAGAAACCUACUCCAACUACAAUCUAAUGAGAACUAUUGAUGAAGCCACUCUUUUAUCGCUAGAAGAGAAGAGAAUCCUAGAUGAGAUAGAGUUGGUCAACAAAAAGAAUGAAAUUGGUUAUGAGCCCGAUUCGGCUGUUGCCGUAUCUAAUAGUUUUGUAUCUAUGGUUCUAUGUAUUGCCUUACUUUUCUAUUGAGAUUUGAGUUUAGAAUUAAGAAAUAUAAAUUGAACUCAUGAACUUUUUGAAUCUGUGGCUUCUUUAGCCAAGCGUUUGGCAGUCAAGAGGAAUUGAUAAAUAGACAUUAAAAGGAUAGACUAAACCGAAUCGAAUACGUAUUAAUAAUAUUUAUUCUGGAUUUAAAAUUAUAAAUUUUUAGUCUCGGUUGCUUGUGUGUAGGUUUCUAUGAGCGCCGAAAGAUCAUUCACCCAGCCCCGUGUGCUAUGUUGAAAAGUUUUUUUAUGGUAUAGAAAAAUAUAAAACUUUAUUUCAAUUUAUAUAUUGUGUCUGCUACAUCUAUUAAUUUUCUUCAUGUAUAACGAAUAAAUAAUAUGUAUAUUACAGCACUAGCCACAAUUAUAAACGAAUAGUUUAUUGGUUUUCGUUUCAUGAGCUAUCGACAUUUACUCAGAAACAUAAUGUUGGCUAAACUAACAUUAUGUUACCCACAACUGUAUGAAAUAUCUAUUAAUAGUAUAUAUUUGUUAAAUCGAUAACAUUGAAGCUUAAAAAUUGGCAUGAGGGAUGUUACCGACCUUCAAAGCAACUGUAUAAUUUCUAUAUAUGUACAGCGUGGAAAAUGGGAAAAAUGGCCAUCUCAAGUAUUGUCUUCAACAAUGCGUAAGAAUACAACUUAGAAUGGAUAAUAGGAAAAAAAGGUUUGUUGAGUAUCUUGUAAGCCAAAUGUUGAGUGGAAUAUUAAACUAGUAUUAUAUCUAUGUAAAACAUGUUUCUAAGUCUUCUAGAUAUAUGUUAAUAUAAACGUCGAAUACGCAAUACGUGGCAUUUAUUGACUCUGUUUGUAUAAAAUUAGUUGGUAUUUAGACAUCUAUAUUAAAUCAUUUUAAUUUUUAUCGGUGAUAUACAAUAUGUUAUAUCGCUAUGCUAAUUCAUUUGUAAAUUGGUUGUACGUCUUAUGUUAACGAAAUUGAAAAUUACUUUGAGUAUUAUUUUUAUAUCAGCCACGUCAUAACCGCGUGAAUUAUGUGACCGUAUAUAACUUGUAUUGUCGUAUGAACUAUCCAUGACUAUAUUUGAAUUUGCAGUUCCUGAACGUGUUCAUAAAAAUAAUCUUACAUUACAAUCGGUUUUAAAAGCAUAUAUUUCGUUUUCCUGUUUUCUUUCUACUGGUUAAGUAAUUACUGCCAUUUUAAUACUCAUGAUAUAAUACUCCGUUAUGAAUUUGUUUCUAUGUAAAUAGUAGAUAAUUCUAUAUUUUCUUCAAUAAAAUAAUGUACUUUAAA